AUGUCUUUGAGCGCCUGUGUACGCCGUUCACUGGGCACUCGUGGUCUGCGAUGCUUUGUUGCGCCAUCCUUCGCCGCAGCCACUCGACCAGCUGCAUUGGCCUUCCGCCCGUUCUCCAUCACCACAAAGUUCGCCCAAGAGCAGGCAGAAAAGCCCGAGACUGAUGCGCCCGACGCUGCAAUUGAAGCUACGGAAUCUGUCGAAGUCGCCGAAGAUGAGGCGGUAGCUCAGUCAACAGAAGUAGAAUCAGUCCCCUGGUACCUUCAGGUCGACACGCCCACGCCACAACAAGAGCAUCCUUUCGCCGAACGCCAGCGCCUGCCCGAACUGCCCGAGUCUCCGCCAGCCCUUCUGCAGCCAAUUCUCGAGCAUGUCUCGGUCGAACUCGGCUUAGACCAUCUUUCCCUUAUCGAUCUGCGCGAACUCGACCCCCCUCCUGCCCUUGGUGCCAAUCUUCUCAUGGUCAUUGGAACCGCUCGCUCGGAAAAGCACUUGCAUGUUUCGGCCGAUAGACUCUGCCGCUGGUUACGUACUGAGCACCGUCUGACUCCUUAUGCAGACGGUCUCCUCGGUCGCAACGAGCUCAAGCUCAAGCUGAGACGCAAGGCCAAGAGGACUCGUCUGCUGAGCGCUGUCGGUGCAAAAGAGACUGCCAGUCAAGACAUUGACGACGGCAUCAGAACAGGCUGGGUCUGUGUCAACGUUGGCAAAGUUGAAGGCGGUGCCCUCCAAAUGCAGCAAGAGCCAGAAAACUUUGUUGGUUUCGGUGGUCAGUCGUCCGGCUCUAGAAUUGUCGUUCAGAUGAUGACCGAUGAGAAGAGAGGCCAGAUCGAUCUCGAGACCCUGUGGAGUGGUAUCCUCAGAAGAUCCAUAAAGGCAAAGUCUGACAAGGACCAAGAUGUCGAUGAUGCAGAGACACGCGUCCGUAAAGGCUUGCUGCUUGAGGAGUCUCAAGACUCGCCUGGUUCUUACCGCUACCGUCCCCAUGCUGCUGACUACCCAAGUGGACAACAAGCACGAGCAUUCCACUCCUCUGCUAAACAAUCAACACAACAAGGUGCGCAAAACUCAACACUCUCACAACUCAACCCUCAAUCUGACAGAAUUUCUCAAAGUGCCAUCAUCCUGAACCACAUGGUCGAUCAUGUCCAGUCUAUGAGCCCUUCCGAAGCUCUCAAAGCACUCGGUCGUGAUAGCAAAGAUCAAGAGUCGACUCCCAUGCUGCGCGCUUUCUACACUGCUAUGCCUAGAUUUCCCGAAACCAUGCAUUGGCAUGCGCACGUAUCGCUCGAUUGCCAUGCAGUACGACUGGGCCAUGCUGGUUACACUCACACAUGCCUGAUCCAAGACUUGGAGAGCAUGCGUAUUGCCUCUCUCAUCCCAGACGAAAGAACAUAUCUAGCAGUGCUCGAGGCUAUCCUGCUGCCAUAUGCCGAGGAUGCGCCUCCGACACGAGCAGUCGUCAUAUCUCGCACCACAAUUCGACGAGCCCUUGCCGUUUUGGACCGUAUGUCUGAAGACGGCAUUGAUCCUGUGAGCAAUUCGGUCUGCACGAUUUUACAUCGUGCAACUUCCACGGCCCCAGCUAUCACUCAAGACUCGAUAACAAACACAACGAGUCAAUCUACAUCAACAUAUCAACAGCCAUUUGCGCUGAAUCAACUCAUCUCCGCUCUAUCUGUUUAUGCUCUCCGCGCCACUGCUCAAGAUUCUCCAUGGUCCGAAUUCUGGGAACUUUGGCGUUCUUACCCUCGUCGUAUGUCACCACGCUCUAGUGACAUGUAUGUGACCAUGUUUGACAAGGUCGCCGAGAGAAACAGUCAGAAGGAUGCGAUGGAUGCCUUGAGACAAUGUGUACCUGAAAUGUUGCGCGAACAGCCAGCAGUCAAGCUGGGAGGUCAAGUGACUGAUGCUGUUAUGCGAUGUCUAGAUAUCGCAGAGCCUCGAGCUGAGAAACUAGCUAGGGAAGGUAAUCGUGGUGAAUGGGCUACUCUGUGGCUAAAGUGUGCAAAGUCUCUGGAACUGGGUUGA